CAUAAAGUACGCUGAGGUGUUCGUAUGCAUUUAUAAAUAAUUAAAAGUUUGGUAGAACAGGUUUGACUUAUAAGUUGUUUUGUGGGAUUCACGUAUUUAUGGUUUCAGAUUUCAUGCUGUUGCUUGUGGACAGCAGAUCUUUCAACUUCUAUAGCAUUUGCUACAUUAUGAUCUGUUUUUGUCAGUGCAACUUCAUUUUAUUUAAAACAAACGUUAAUAACUAAACUUGUGCUUAUUGCAAUAGCAACUCAUUGCGCGGAGUACAUCCUAACAUGACAGAGGAAACAAAGUUCCUUGGUUUACAUUAGAAAUAGCACGGGGAAUGCAAAUAAUACUAAAAGCUCUGCAGCAGGAUUACUGGGGCCCUGUCAGGGAUCAGUGUACAGACUGCCGCAUACUUCUGCAUACUGUUGUUUAACAACAACAAUAAUUCUUUGUUCCUCGUUUCAUGUCAUGACUUUUUCAUUUCAAAUGUAAAGUUGACACCAGUCCGCCUUUUAAUUCUAAAGCCGCAAUUUCAACAUGCUUCAUUAUCCACAGGGACAAUUUGAUUAAAUAGGUUUCUGUGGAAAAAUAGCGCAAUGGUAGCUUUCGGACACCUGUACCUUUUUUUUGCUCUGGGAUUCUGUUGCUAAUGCUUUCAAAAACCAGAAGAAAGACCAGAUCAGAUAACAAAAUAGUCCAGCAUUUGAUUGGUCUCAGUAUCGGGGACUGCAUGGUCUCAUUUUAGUCUGGAGCUUUAAGUAGGUCAGGCCUAGCUUAAUCAGCUUGCAGAUGAUCUCUGGAUGAAGCCAAGCUGAAAGGAAUUUCAAUGCACUCCUCCUGAUAGGCGUAGGCCUAAAAGGGCUGGCCUAGCUAAGCUUCAGCUUACAUUGCCAGUGUAGAUUUUUGCAGUCCGUCUGAAGUUUGUGUGCUUGUGUUCCCUGCAAAAUAUGCUUGGGAAAAAGUCUAACCGGUCCUCGAAUUUUACCAUAUAUGAGAAGAUCGAUUUGUUAAAACUUGUGCGCCCUUACAUUAAAGUCCUGGAGGUUCAUAAGAAUAACCAGGCUGUCAUAGUGGAAAAAAACCGCUGCUGGGAAAGUAUAGCUCAGCAAUACAAUGCUGUUGGAGUAGAUCGUCCAUCUCGUAGCGCACAGGCUUUGCGAACACUAUAUAAACGGAUUAAAGAAAGUGCCAAACAGGAGAUAGCAAGGAGAGAACAGCUGCAUCCAGACUAUAAAGGCAACAUCUCCGAGCCAACCCGGAGAAUUCUUGAAAUGAUUCCACACAUAUUCCAACCGCUUCUGAAGGUGAUAGAUGGUGACAACUUGCAAAGGCUUGGUGGAAGUCCUGCUUCCGAUCAAGGUUCUUGUGUGGAACAACCUUCCGGCUUGUAUCCGCAGCCUGGAAUCUCUGGUUACCCAUCUCAUCCUUGUUCAGAAUGGAUUACACCGGACUCAGAACCCGAACACGAGGAAAAGCCUCCUCCAAUAUUAACCAUGCCAUCGGAACCAAAUGAAAGCAUUGAGCAGGCAAAAAGGAAGGAGAUCCGGGAGGCCACCAAUGGCUCUGCGUCCCCGUUUUCGUCCUGCGAGCCCCAGUUAUCCCUUACACCAUCUCCUCGACCGGCGAGAAGGGAAGACAUCUUGUUCGUCCACCAGCAACGACACCAGGGGUCCUCGCACCACCUGACCAGGCACAACGACGGAGAGAUCCAGAUGAUGUCCGCAGAGGAACACGAGAUAAUUAUGGAGAAUCAAAAAAAGUUUGGACUGUACCUUGAUGAGAAAAGAGAAAGCCUAAAGAGAAAGCAAUUAUUGGAGGAAGAAUUGUUGAGGGCAAAAAUCAGGGUGGAAGAAUUAAAGGCGGGAAGGCUGCAACAAGGACUGCCAGUUCCCCAAGAUGCAUAAUGGUUGUGAAUAUGCCCUUUCAUCAGGCAGCUGACAAGUGGUGGAUUUUCAAUGGUUCUUUUUAUUAGAACGUGUACCGAGGUACAGAGAUUUUUUUUUUUCCCCCCAUACAGAUCAUUAAGAUUAUUGCCGUACAUCAGUACAAUCCCCGAUUAAGUACCGAAUGCAUAGAAAUGGCCUACAGAGCUCAAAUGCAAGAGUCGCUAGGGUUUUGGGCGCCAUUUUCAAAGUCCCGACUGCAACGGGCCUUUUUGUCGCCGCCGUCCUGAUCGUCCAGCGAACCGUCGUCCCCCUCCUUGCCCGGCCUUCAGCCUUCAUGCUCCAAUCCCAAGGAUCAUUUAUAAUGUUGCAUUCUAUCAAAGAUCUCUUGAGUUUCAAUGACUAACUUCUUGAGCAAAUUUUACCUGAAUUGUAAUUCAGCCUAUUUUUAAAUUAAAUCCAUGAGAAAA